AUGAAUAAGGAUCAUGAUAGGCAGUACUGGCUGCUCCAGGGCGACCAGCAGCCUCAGGAGCGAAAUGACUACAUUCGCACCCAGUACGUCGAGCGAAAUCUGCUUAAUCUUGUCCGGGCUACAUCAACAAGAAGGUUCCCGAUCCUUAUCCAAGGACCAACUUCUUCGGGCAAGACAAGUAUGAUUGAGUAUCUCGCCAAUUACAGUGGCAACAAGUUUGUCCGCAUCAAUAAUCACGAGCACACGGACCUUCAGGAAUAUCUGGGGACCUACGUGUCCGGAUCCGAUGGCAAGCUUAAAUUCCAAGAAGGUCUCCUCGUGCAGGCAAUGCGUCAAGGUCAUUGGAUUGUCCUUGAUGAAUUGAAUCUUGCCCCAACAGAUGUUCUCGAGGCACUCAACCGCCUUCUAGACGACAAUAGGGAACUCCUGAUACCGGAGACACAAGAAGUCGUGCGACCUCACGAGAGCUUCAUGCUCUUCGCCACACAAAAUCCGCCCGGCUUGUAUGGAGGUAGAAAGGUCUUGUCGAGAGCUUUCCGUAAUAGGUUCCUUGAAUUACAUUACGACGAUAUUCCCGAAGAUGAACUAGAGUAUAUUUUGCAGAAGCGGAGCUUGGAGACCGCACCGUCUGACUGCAAGCGGAUCGUUACUGUCUACAAAGAGCUCUCGCGGCUUCGGCAGACUAGUCGCGUCUUCGAACAGAAGGACAGUUUUGCUACCCUCAGAGACCUUUUCCGAUGGGCUCUCAGGAAAGCCGACAAUAGGGAGCAGAUUGCAACGAACGGGUUCAUGUUGCUUGCAGAGAGGGUCCGAAACGAAGAUGAAAGAACAGCCGUCAAAGAAGUCAUCGAAACGGUUUUCAAGGUGAAGAUAGAACCCGAUCGUCUUUACACUCCAACCUUCGGCCCUUUGGCUCAAUUCGAGAGGAAACAGAACAGCCAAGGCGUUGUUUGGACUAGAGCGAUGCGACGACUGUAUGUUUUGGUGACCCAAGCGCUCCGGAAUAACGAACCAGUCCUUCUUGUUGGCGAGACUGGUUGUGGAAAGACGACAGUCUGCCAGUUGCUUGCAGAAUCCAUCGGCAAAGAGCUCCAUAUCGUCAAUGCCCACCAGAACACUGAGACAGGCGAUCUAAUUGGAUCUCAGCGACCUGUGCGAAACAGAGGAGCAAUCCUUGAUGCACUGAGACAAGAUUUGGAGUCAGUCUUACAGCAACUGAAGCUGUCAACAGAAGGAAGCCUCGAGGACCUUUUUGAGAAAUUUCGAGCCCUGCCAGAUGACGUAUCAGCACAGAUUUCUGAGAAGGUGAAGGACAGAAUUGCCUUGAACGAGGUUAGAAGCAAGGCUCUGUUUGAAUGGUCAGAUGGUAGUCUUGUCCACGCAAUGAAAACAGGUCAAUUCUUUCUUCUUGACGAGAUAUCCCUAGCAGAUGAUUCUGUUCUCGAAAGGCUGAAUUCUGUUCUUGAGCCCCAGCGAACCCUGCUACUUGCUGAGAAGGGAAUUGAUGACUCUUUUGUCAAAGCCACACAUGGUUUCCAGUUCUUUGCCACUAUGAACCCAGGGGGCGAUUUUGGUAAAAAGGAGCUAUCACCAGCACUAAGAAAUCGGUUCACCGAAAUUUGGGUGCCGCCAAUGACCGAGAGCCAAGACGUCUUGGAUAUCGUGGUCGAUAAACUGAAGAGCGAACUCAGCAACUUGGCAACAAUCGUUGUGGACUUUUCGUAUUGGUUUGGCCAGACUUUCCGGUCUUCUUCAGCAACAGCUUUCUCAAUUCGUGACAUCCUCGUUUGGGUCAAAUUCAUCAAUGAAUCGUCUCAUUUGUCUCCUGGUUUGGCCUUGCUACAUGGCGCUGCUACGGUGUUCAUUGACACAUUAGGGGCAAAUCCAUCGGCGUUGAUGGCUCUGGACCCCAAGACCAUGAACGAGCAGAGGCAAUUGUGCCUGGACAAGCUCAGCACCCUGAUAGGAGAUAAAGUGGAUGUCACCCCGAUGUACCGGAAUCAGCCAACCAUUCAUUUUCACGAUGAAAUACUUUCCAUUGGCGAAUUUACUAUUGCUAGGGACGUCACUGGUGACUCAGAACCGGGUUUUGCAUUCGAAGCACCAACCACAAAAAUGAAUGCGAUGCGAGUUUUACGAGCCUUACGGGUGAACAAGCCCAUUCUUUUGGAAGGCAAUCCCGGUGUGGGCAAGACAACAUUGAUGGCUGGAGCUCCUAUCAUCCUCUGA